GAGCGGCCCCGCCCCCACUUCCGGGAGCGCCGGGCCGCGGGGCGGGGCCGGGCCGGGCAGGCCGGGAUGGGGGGGGACGCUGCAGCCGGGACCUGACUCGGUGCCCAGGUUGAAGAUAGCAGUAAUGCUAACGCUGGCAAGCAAACUGAAGCGGGAUGAUGGUGUCAAAGGGCCCCGUACAUCCAACCCAGCUUCUGAUUCUACUCGGAGAGUGUCUAUUAGAGAUAAAUUGCUUGUAAAAGAGGUUGCAGAACUUGAAGUUAAUUUACCUUGUACAUGUAAAGUGAAUUUUCCAGAUCCAAACAAGCUCCAUUACUUUCAGCUAACUGUAACCCCAGAUGAGGGUUAUUACCAAGGAGGAAAAUUUCAGUUUGAAAUUGAGGUUCCUGAUGCCUAUAACAUGGUGCCUCCAAAAGUAAAAUGUUUGACUAGAAUCUGGCAUCCAAACAUCACAGAGACGGGUGAAAUCUGUUUAAGUUUAUUGAGAGAACAUUCAAUUGAUGGCACUGGCUGGGCUCCAACUAGAACAUUAAAGGAUGUUGUUUGGGGAUUGAACUCUCUAUUUACAGAUCUCUUGAAUUUUGAUGAUCCUUUGAAUAUUGAGGCUGCAGAACAUCAUUUGCGGGACAAGGAGGACUUUCGGAAUAAAGUUGAAGAUUACAUUAAGCGGUAUGCAAGAUGAUGAAGGAAGACUGAUGGCAGGACCAUGGAUUUCAAACUAUAGAGUUGUCUUUAUAACUUAUAAAACAACAACUAAAAACCCAGAUUGUACUAGUCCUGUGUCCAUGUUGUACUGAAGAAAAAAAACUAACUUCGUAAUUGUCCAAGGUAAAUGGACAGUUCAACAUAAAUACAGCAAGAAAUUGUGUAUGUUGGUUAAAAAAAAGUUGUUUGCUUACUUUUAAAAUGUUUGCUCUUCUGAAACUGUACUGUAUAUCUUGUUGAUGAAAUAUGCUUGAGAGUUAAAAGAAAUCACUAUUGAAGUUGUACUACACUUUUCUUCUUGCCUAGUAAAAAUAGUGAUGCAUUUCUGGAACAUUUCAAGUUGGCAAUAAAAUGGUCUCCCUCUGAACCAGAUUAUCCUACUAUUGCCUUUGAUGGAGCAGAAAUAAUAACUUUUCCCAAGAGUCACUAGAGCUUGUCAGAAUGCAUAAAAUCAACUAUCUAAUACUGAAAUUCUAAUGAUUAUAUUUCAUCUAAGUACAUUUUGGCACAAAUUUGUGACUUGUACAUUGCUACUUUGAGUACUUUUAGUUUGUAUUGUUUGUGCAAAAUAGUUGAGAAAUAUAAGCUAAUCCAUAACCCAAAAGUCUAAAUUUGUAGUAUUAGGGAAAAAAUUAUAUAUUCUGUGCAAAUGUACCAAAAGGCUAACUUUUCAAAACAGGCCUUUCAGAUCCAAAUGUGGAGAGGAAAGUUUUGGAGACUGUUACAGAAAUUGACAAUGCAGUUUGGAUUAAUUUUCUGGUAAAUGACUCAGGGUGUUCUGUAACCCUGUGCCCUUGAGAGCAACAUACUGAUAAUGCAUAUAACCCACUGCACCAUUGUUAUAUUAUUCCUGUGAGCCUAGGUUUUAUUUAUUUUUAAUUGUGCAGGGGGGAGGGGUUAUACUGAAGGAGUGAUAUGCUAUAAUCCCUCUUCUUGUAAGUAGCUAUAUAUCAAAGAAGAGUAAGGACAUGUGAAAGCAGAGAUCCUCCUGCAGAGAAUCAGUUCAAAGCUAAUGGCAGGAAACAUUUGGAAUCAGUGCUGUGAAGAGUAUUGUGUAUUGUAUGCCAUCGCUCCCUAUUACUCACCUACGCUAAUCAGAAUGAUGCUCAAGAGCUUGUUGGGCCUAAUGAAAAUCAACGGAUUAUAGCCAUAGCCACACAAAUGCAGUGCAUGGUGGGAUCAGAGAGUGGAAAUGGAUUUGAGUCACGUUUUUAUAAAUAGAUGGAGCAACGAAAUAAAUGUUUGUGGUUUCAUA